AUGUUGUUGCCAAUCUACACCAUCCCGACACCAGCCGAGCCUUCUGCCGAGGUCCUCGCCGGAGACUCCCCCCUGACGGUGCCCAAGAUACCCAAGUUCGUGGAGGAGAGAGAGUCCUCGUCGCUGCUCGGGGUGUGGCGUCACGCGGUCAAGCACCAGGACCCGGCGGCGACGCUGAAGGAGGAGAGAGCCAUCCCGACACCAGCCGAGCCUUCUGCCGAGGUCCUCGCCGGAGACUCCCCCCUGACGGUGCCCAAGAUACCCAAGUUCGUGGAGGAGAGAGAGUCCUCGUCGCUGCUCGGGGUGUGGCGUCACGCGGUCAAGCACCAGGACCCGGCGGCGACGCUGAAGGAGGAGAGAGUCCCGAAGACCAUCCUUUCCCCCGACUUCCUCGAAAUGGAGCACCUCGUCCCCCAAGAGGCCGCCCUUAACCCUCUCUACGACGACGCCCCCGAAGCAGCCGCCCUUCGCGCAGAGUUCCUCCUCGACUACCUCGUCCUUGAGCCCAUCGACAUCCACGACCCGAGGAUGGCGUUUCCCGAAUUCCUCAACGUCACCAAUUUUGGCGGGAAAGAGCUCGCGUUUACGAGGCACAGGGACCGACGAGUGAGCGUGAACGGCAUCCCGGUAGAAGCCGUAGAAGUCCUUGAAGACGGGACGCUGGUCUACACCGUCGCCACCUUCCUCUUCGAUCACCGCCAGAGGGUGCAGGAGGCGCUGGAGGAGGCGGAGGCGAAGGAGUGGGGUGUUCAUGAGGGAGAGCUGGCCCUCCAGGACUCUCCUCGCGUGAUCUCGGAGUCAACUGAACUGCUCGAGAAAGAAAUGGCACAGGAAUCGUCUCAGAAACAGAAGGCGAGUCAGGCGCAACAGGAAGGUCAGACACAACAGGAGAUGAGUCAGUCUCAACAGAAAUCGAGUCAGCUAGAAGGGGAGACGACUCACUCUCAACAGGAAUCGACUCAACGGACACAACAGAAGUCGACUCAGCUGCAACAGGAGACGACGACUACGACGACCACAACGACCGAGGCACUGACUGAGACGACUGAGCUGCAAGAAGAACCGAUUCAGACAAGGGCUGAAACACCUCAACCGCACGAGGAGGAAGCGAACGAGUCAUAUGCCGAGACGAAGCAACAACCUUCAAACCCAGAGGAAGAACCAGCUCAAGGGCCAACUCAAGAACCAAGCCAAGAACUAACUCAAGAACCAAACCAAGAACCAACUCAAGUAACAACUCAAGAACUAACUCAAGAACCAACUCAGCAACCAGCCCAAGAACCAACUCAAGGAGCACUCGAAGAAGGAGCAGCUCACCAGCCUCCCCAGGUGUUACCCCCACGAGCUCAAGAGGUCCUCCUGACGGUGCCAGGGAUCCCGCAGGAGGUGGACGAAGGAGAGUACUCGUCGCUCCUGAACCUGUGGCGUUUCGCGUUGAGUGAGCAGGGCGAGGAGGCGUCGCUCAGGGAUGGCAGAGAACCUCAGACCAUCUUAUCCCCCGAUUUCGUGGUGAUGCUGAACCUCGUGCCCCAAGACGCCCCUCACCCCCUCUACGACAGUGCCCCCGAGAACGUUGCCCUCCGCCUCGAGCUCCUCCUUGACUACCUCAUCCUCGAACGUGUGAGCGCGCAGGACCCGAGGAUGACCCAGCCGGAAGGUCUGACGGUCACCAACCUCGCCGGGAAGGAGGUCACGUUCAGGGUCAAUGCGGAAGACGCGCUCAUUGGUCCGGAGUUGCCCUUGCCCGAGGAAGAGGCCGGGAUCGUCCCCGGGAUACCUCCGGCCGUGGGCGAAGCAGAGGCCUCGUCCCUCCUGAACCUGUGGCGUCAUGCACUGAGGCUGCAGGAUCUGGGGGCCACGCUGAGGGAUGACAGAGUCCCGAAGACGCUUCUCUCUCCCGACUUCCUGGAGGUGGUUAACCUGGUCCCCCAAGACGCCCCUCACCCUCUCUACGACGACGCCCCUAAGAACUCCGCCCUCCGCUCCGAGUUCCUCCUCGACUACCUGGUCCUCGAGCCGGUGAGCGUGCAGGACCCAAGGAUAGCCUCGCCUCAGGGACUCACCGUGGUUAACCUCGGAGGGAAGCGACUCACCUUCAAGGCCGACGUCGAAGGACACUUCACCAUCAACGGCGUGCCAGUGGAGGGCGUGGAGGCGCUGGAGGACGGGACCUUCGUGUACACCCUGGCGGACUUCCUGUUCGAGCACCGGGCGCGCGUGGACGACGCCUUCCUGCACCUGAUCAGCCAGCCCGCGGAGUUCGGGCCGCUCGGCGAGCCUCUGGAGAUUCCUACGCCGGUCGAUGGAAACGCGACGACGGAAGAACCUUAUCCGACGACGGUGCCAAGGAUCCCCAGUCUAGUGGAUGAACAGGAAGCCUCGUCCCUUCUGAACCUCUGGCGCCAUGCCCUUAGGACGCAGGAGGUUUCGCCCACGCUCAGGGAUGAUAGAGUCCCCAAGACGCUCCUGUCUCCCGACUUCCUGGAGGUGGUCAACCUGGUCCCUCAAGACGCCCCUCACCCGCUGUACGACGACGCCCCCGAGAAUGAGGCUCUGCUGAAGGAGAUCCUGCUGGACUAUAUGGUUCUCGAUCCUCUCAGCAUUCAGUCGACUCACUCAGGGGGACUCAGGGUUACCAAUCUCGCUGGAAAGGAACUUGUCUUCGCCGUCGACAACCAGGAUAACCUCGUAGUCAACGGCGUAAAGGUAGAAGCGAUGGAAGUUCUCUCGGAUGGAACUCAAGUCUUCACCCUUACUGAUUUUCUCUUCGACCACCGCGACCGAGUGAACGAAGCUUUCCGCAAACUGAACGAACAGCCCUCUCUGUUCACACCGUUGGGCGAACCUUUGGAUCUCCAAACCGAAGCUCACCCAUCUCUCAAGACAACUGAACAAAUUGAUGACUUUGUUCCAGAAGCAGUUGCCAUUGUGUCAGAAUCAGUUCAGGAACAGAACAGGUUCGAUCAGACACCGUCAGAAAGCGUCGCAGAGGCGGACCAAACGCUGUCAGAUUCGCUCCAGACAGAAACGCAGACAUACCCGGAAACAGCGGAGGUUUUGCGAGAGUCAGAGCAAGCGCUGGGCGAAGACGGUCAUGAUGACUUGUCCGGAUCCGUGAAAGCACAGCAAGAAGCAACUCAAGCGGAGGUGGUGGCAGUUUCAGAUUCGGACUUGGAACUGCUGGAAUCGAUUCAAGCAGCGGCAUCGGAUCGUGCGGAGUCAGAGGAUGCUCAGAUAGUUCCUGGAGUUUAUAGCAUCCAGUCUGAUCCUGUUCAGGUAGUGUUGGAAACGGAGGACGGACUCGUGGAUCCUGUUGAAACUGCUCCGGAUGAUCACAUUCCUUCAGAGUCGGUUCAGAUCCAAAUCGUGUCAAAAACAGACGAGACGCCACUGGAACCUCUCCAAGCAGGGCAGGAAGCAGAGCAAACCCUGCCGGAGCCCGCACAGGAGCAGGCGGCGUCGGAAACAGUUAACGAACCUUCAGAGUCAGUUCAGGAACUCUCAGAGCUGACCCAAGCGGUAUCAGAAACAGACGAAGCUCUACAAACAGAGCUGGAAACAGAACAGCCACAAGAACUGUCAGCUGCAGAGUCUACCCAGAGCCUCCCCGAAAUCCCCAAGAUCGUGGACCAAGGGGAAGCCUCGUCUCUCCUCGACAUCUGGCGCCAUGCACUCGAGGCGCAGGAUCCGUCGGCUACACUCAGGGAUGGCAGAGAACCAAAGACUCUACUAUCUCCCGACUUCCUGGAGGUGGUGAACUUAGUGCCCCAAGACGCCCCACACCCCCUCUACGACGACGCCCCUGAGAAUGUGGCCCUUCGCACGGAGUUCCUGCUCGAUUACAUGGCCCUGGAUCCCAUCGAUGUCCAGGACUCGCGGAUAGCUUCACCCGAGGGACUCCGUGUGACCAACCUGGCUGGGAAAACGCUCUCCUUCGCCGUGGACUUGGAAGGCAAUCUGCGCAUUAACAACGUCCCCGUGGAAAUGAUCGAGAUUUUAUCGGACGGGACGCAGGUGUACACCCUGGCGGACUUCCUGUUCGAGCACCGGGCGCGCGUGGACGACGCCUUCCUGCACCUGAUCAGCCAGCCCGCGGAGUUCGGGCCGCUCGGCGAGCCUCUGGGUGCGUGGACCUAG